GUCAUGUCAGGGAUUGAUUGACAGGGAUUGUCACUUGUGUCGCCUCCUGCAGUUCAUCCAGCCAGUCCAGCAGCGUGUCCAACUCCGCUACGGCCUUCAAGGCCGCCUUGUUGAUUAACAGCUGUGGGAGGGGGGCACCAACAAAAGAUCAUAAUUAGCCAUUAGCAGGAAGCUCAGGUGUCGUUGUUAUGAAAGUCGGUUAGCUGCUAACUUGGUAGGGAGGCCACUAGCUAAGCAGGGAUGCUGCUACGCUAGCUAUCUAAGUAGGUACGUAUAUCGCUAACUUAGGUAGUUUGGGUUUAGCUAGGAAGGUAAGUCAUUUUCUAGCAAAGUUGGGAUGUCUUUUGGUAGGUAGGUAGGUCGGUCAUGUGAAAAAUACAUCGAUACAGUAGGUCAAUUGUCGGUAAGCUAGUUAGCGUAGGUCAGUCGGUCAUUUCAUAGAUAGAUUGCUACGUUGGUUGGUCACUUGCUAGGUAGUUGUUAUGAAAGUCGGUUAGCUGCUAACAUGGUAGGGAGGUCACUAGCUAAGCAGGGAUUCAAUUUCUGCUCCGCUAGCUAUCUAAGUAGUCGCUUAACUGAAGUAAUUUGGGAUUAGCUAGGAAAGUAAGUCAUUUUCUAGCAAAGUCGGGAUGUCUUUAGGUAGGUAGUUAGGGUCGGUCAUGAUAAAGAUAGAUUGAUACAGUAGGCCAAUUGUUGGUAAGCUAGUUAGCAUAGGUCAGUCAGUCAUUUCAUAGAUAGAUUGCUACGUUGGUUGGUCACUUGCUAGGUAGUUGUUAUGAAAGUCGGUUAGCUGCUAACUUGGUAGGGAGGUCACUAGCUAAGCAGGGAUUCCGUUUCUGCUCCGCUAGCUAUCUAAGUAGUCGCUUAACUUAGGUAGUUUGGGAUUAGCUAGGAAGGUAAGUCAUUUUCUAGCAAAGUGGGGAUGUCUUUUGGUAGGUAGGUAGGUAGGUAGGUAGGUAGGGUCGGUCAUGUGAAAAAUAGAUCAAUACAGUAGGCCAAUUGUUGGUAAGCUAGUUAGCGUAGGUCAGUCGGUCAUUUCAUAGAAGGAUUGCUACGUUGGUCACUUGCUAGGUCGUUGUUGAAAGUUGGUCAGCUGCUAACUUGGUAGGGACGUCACUAGCUAAGCAGGGAUUCAGUUUCUGCUCCGCUAGCUAUCUAAGUAGUCGCUUAACUUGGGUAAUUUGGGAUUAGCUAGGAAGGUAAGUCAUUUUCUAGCAAAGUUGGGAUGUCUUUUGGUAGGUAGGUAGGUCGGUCAUAAGAAAGAUAGAUCAAUACAGUAGGCCAAUUGUCGGUAAGCUAGUUAGUCAUUUCAUAGAAAGAUUGCUACGUUGGUUGGUCACUUGCUAGGUAGUUGUUAGGAAAGUCAGUUAGCUGCUAACUUGGUAGGGAGGUCACUAGCUAAGCAGGGAUUCAGUUGCUGCUUUGCUAGCUAUCUAAGUAGGUAUGUAUGUUGCCAAUUUAGGUAGUUUGGGAUUAGCUAGGACGGUAAGUCAUUUUCUAGCAAAGUCUGGAUGUCUUUUGGUCGGUAGGUUGGUCAGUCAUGAGAAAGAUAGAUCGAUACAGUAGGUCAAUUGUUGGUAAGCUAGUUAGCAUAGGUCAGUCAGUCAUUUCAUAGAUAGAUUGCUACGUUGGUUGGUCACUUGCUAGGCAGUUAUUAGGAAAGUCGGUCAGCAGCUAACUCGGUCGGCAUAGGUCAGUCAUUAGCUUUGGUAGUUCAGUUUGUUAGCAAGGUUUCGCCAGCUAUGUAGGUAAAUACAUAGAUAGAUAUACAAAAUAAGUUGUUCUCGUUAAGAUUUUAAAGUACAUACCUUGUCAAAUUCUACAUGUAUAGAGUUGAUGGCUUUUUGCGUGUCGUCAUCGCAGAGACAGUGCUGAAAAGAGCGCAUACAACUAUUAGUACUUUAAAUAUACUGUAAAUAAAUGUAAAAUGUUAGCAGCACCCACAAAAUUUAUUGUUUAUAUUGUGGCAUGCACCAGUCUCUGAGGACCAGACCAGUUCUUUAUUUGGCAGGAGCCAAUCAUGAGCUAUGAAAACUCCCAACGAGCUUGUCAACGCAUUGGAAAUCGCAGAAGCGUUGGCCAUCGCGCUGGAGCAACGUUUCACCUGCUGUGGCUGUGAGGUGGCAUAAUUCCGGAACACUCUCUCCACAUAGAAGCGCAGGAGGAGGCGCAGAUAACAGCAUAUCUGACCACUCUGAGAAAUCUAUGAAGUGAAACAAUUACACCCAUCACAUCAUCAUCAUCGGGCUUUGGCGGCACCAGGCGCUCUUGUGCUUACCGCUUCCGAUCGUAUUUCGGAAUAAUGUCUGCGUAGUUCCUGCGUGUGGACGCUAACGGUGCAGCCGUUGAACAUCAGAGUUCUGCAGAAGACGAGCUCAUUCAGGAGGCCGGGUAGGAGCAGCAGCGACAAGGAGAGCAUCUUCUUCAUGACUGAGAUCAUCUGGAGAACGGAGUUCAGGUUGAGGUGGCUUUCGUGUAAGUGACGCCAUGCGUCAGGUGAUCUUCCUCUUGUCCGCCCUGCUCCCGCUGUCUCCCUCCCAUGGACAACACGAUCCUUUCGCGUGGCUCUAUAGCGGACGGAGCUCCAUCCAGGCGGACACCACGGGAGGAGAAUGUCCCGCCGAGUGUGACUGUCCUCCGACAUUCCCCAUCGCCAUGUACUGUGACGGACGAGGCCUGACGGCCAUGCCGACCGUCCCGUCCCGGAUGAAGUACUUGUACCUUCAAAAUAAUGCUAUCACGUCGGUAUCCGACUCUGCUCUGGUCAACGCAACAAAUCUGGUGUGGCUGAUGAUGCACCAUAACCAACUCGCAGACGAUGGCGUCAGUGACAAGGCAUUUGCAAAGUUGGAACGACUGGAGCGUUUUUAUUUGCAACACAACAAUUUGACCAGCAUCCCUUCAAACCUCCCUCGGACCCUACGAGACCUGAGAAUCAACCAUAACAGCAUUGAAAAGGUAACACCUUCAGACCUGGAGGGAAUGGAUAACCUAACUAUCCUGCAUCUCCAUGACAACGCUAUCACUGACUUGGGCGCAUCACUGAAAUCCCUCUCAUCCCUCACGCUGUUGGACAUCAGCAACAACAAAUUAACAAAGGUCCCGGAAGCUCUCCCUGAACAUCUGCACCAGCUCUACCUGGACUCCAACUCUAUCGCCUCCUUGUCCGAGGGCUUCCUGAGCAGUUUGGCACAGCUUCAGUACCUGCGGAUGGCCCACAACCAGCUCACGGACAAGGGCAUCCCCUCCAACACCUUCAAUGUGACGGGGCUGGUGGAGUUGGACCUGAGCUUCAACAAGCUGGAGAGAAUCCCUCCGAUUAGCACCAACCUGCAGCAUCUUUAUCUGCAAGCUAACCAAAUCAAAGAAUUUACAUUGGGAAGUUUCUGCAGCGUUGUGGACGUUACCAACUUCUCCAAACUACAAACGCUGCGUCUGGAUGGGAACGAGAUCAGUCGUCAGGACAUCCCAUCGGAUUCAUCGCUUUGCCUGCGUUUGGCCUCCAGCAUUGACAUUUAAACGUAUCGCAUUUAAACCUUAAAAAAUACUAUGUUUUGUACUCGUGUUAAAUCCAUUAGAGCAGGGGUGGGCAAACUUUUUGACUCGCG